AUGGAAUCAUCUACUUUUAUCAAACAACAAUGUAAUCUUCUCAAAGAACAAAGAACGUCUUCUACCAAUAAUCAAUUAAAAACUUGUUUGGACAAUAUAGUUGUCAAACUUAAUCAAGACACAAUGAAGAAUGAUGUUACAGUAAUACAACAAAUUGUUUCAUCUAUUUCAUUUCGUAUAAAAAAUGAUCAAACAUUUUACCAAGCAAAAUUUCUUAAUCAUGAAUUGUUUUUGUUCAUUCGUGAUUAUUAUCUUGAUAUUCUGCGUCGAUGGCGAACUGGUCAAAUACUCGAUUCAAUAUCUGGUCAAGUUUUCACACAAAUAGCUAUUCUAUUUGCUGAACUUUGUUUACAUGUUGUCGAUGAUGAUAUUGAUCCAUUGAAACAACUCUUAAUUCAUGUAUCUUUGAUUGAUGAAAUUCAUGCAUGUCUCAAGGACAUCGCUACACAAGGUAAACAUUUGCAGGAUCAACAAAUAGAAGCAAUUGAUUAUAUUCUUCGAGCAAUUCAUUAUCUUCAGAAAGGUCGAACAGAUAUUCAGAGUAUACCAAUAUUAGUUGAACUACUCGAUAGUGUUGUUGAUUGUGUAUGCUCAAAUUAUUUCAUUGAUAUGUUUAAACAAAUAGCUGAAUUAGAAAAACUCAAUGAAGUACAAACAUUUUUACUCGAUACUUGUACUAAUUACAUAUCUUGGCACAAUGGUAAUCAUUAUAAUAAAACUUGUGUAGCCGUUCGAACUGCUCAAUUAAAUAGUUUUACUUGUUGGUUUCAAACUCAGCUUUUAUCUUAUAAAAAAUUGAGUAGAGUAGCUAUUAAAGUUAUUGGUCAAUUUUGUAUUACAUUAAUCGGUGGAAAUGCUAGCGAUGAAGAACUAUUUCCUCAAUCAAUUCGUGAAGAUUAUUGUACAAUGAUCGAUCAAUUAUCUUCCAUAUUAAAUACAAUAAUGGAAUGUAAAACAAUGGAUGACAUAACAAAAGAUUUAAUAAGAGUUCUCGUUCAAAAUUUGUAUUCUUUGACAAUGACAAAUGAUUUACGAACAUAUAUAAAAAAUAAACAUAUUGUUCCAUUAUUAUUAAAAGUAGCUACUAUUGAAGAUGAAAUCAUACAAUUUCAUAUUUAUCGCAUAUUAGCUUCAAUUAUGACAGAAGACGAUAUCAAAACAUUAAAAAAUUCGACACAAAUUGCCAUUGUUUUUCUUAGAUUUUUUACUAAUCUUAUCGAUGAUUCCAGUAGGAUACCACGAUUCCAUAAUUUACUUCGUAGUCUCAAGAUCUUGAUUCAACAUGAUCAAAUAAAAGAAGAAUUAACAAAACAAGGAAUCUUAACUCUUCUUCUUCGUUGUGUAACCGAAUCAAAAUUUGAUCCUAUCAAAGUGCAACUAUCAGCAUUAGAAAUUCUUCUUGCUCUAACAUUCAAUCAUAAUGCUGCAUGUCAACUCAAAGAUAAUUCUCAAUUCAUUUCAAAUUUGAAAACAUUGCUUAUCUCAUCUACUGAACAAGAUCUACAGAGAGUCGCUGAAAAUCUCCUGUGGAAACUGGAAAAAGAAGAAACAAUUAACACAAAAUCGGAUGAAACAUCGACAAAAUCUGAUAUUACUAUUAAAAAAUAUGAUAUUAUGUUGAGUUAUUCACAUAGUGAUAAGGAUUUAUGUUAUCGUAUUCAUGAUUGUCUUGUCAAAGAUAAUUUUCGAGUAUGGAUUGAUCGAUAUGAAAUACAUGGACAAACAAUGGUUGCCAUUGCUACUGCUAUUGAAAAUUCAGAAUUUGUAUUUUUAUGCAUGUCAGAUGCAUACAAACAAAGUGCUUAUUGUCAAUCUGAAGCUCAUUAUGCUUUCGAACGCCAAUGUUAUUUGAUUCCAUUGAUGAUGAAACCAGGUUAUCGACCAGAUGGAUGGUUAGGAAUUAUUGCUAGUGGAAAGAUCUAUAUCGAUUUUCCUAAACUUGGUUUCGAUAUUGCCUAUAAAAAUUUGAAAAAUGAAAUGAUUCGAUAUCGAACAAGUCAAGCUCAAUCGAAUUCAACAAAAAAAUCGAUUGAACAUGGCUUAGAUAUGGAAAUAAUAAAUCUACCUGUCAAAUCAUAUGAAUAUCAUUCAUUAGUUAGAGAUUAUCCACAUUGUAUUAAUCAAUGGACAACAACUCAUGUUCAAUCAUUUCUUAUCAACGAAAAAUUCGAAUGUCUUCUUCCAGUUUUGGGAAAUAUGGAUGGAUAUCUUCUUUAUGAAACUCAUAAAAGAUGCAAAAUACAUUGGGAUCUAAUGUUUCAAACAUUUAAAGCUGAAGUAGCAGCAGCUGAUGGUCAACAAAAACUUCUAACAAUUGACACUUACAUACGUUUUCUUCAUGCCAUCGAAAAAUAUAUACCAAUCACACCCAAUGACAGUUACAAACCUUCAUCUCCGACGUCUAUAUUUUGUACUCUACUAUAA